AGCACACCGCACGAUUUUUUUUUUUAAAUCACCAUUUUAAGCAGCGCUGACGCAUCAGAGGGCUUCAUGACUGGGACAGUGUGUCGGGGUAUGGUCAGCUCCUGAUGGCCCAUGUCUUCCAAAACCAGAUUUCCUGAUAUUGAUUCUGUGUGUAAUCUGGGACAUGGACAGACGGAGCCCAGGAGACAGACAGGCAGACACCAGUAAGACAGUAACCACUGCAUCGUCAUCAUCUGUCGUCACCAUGGCAACACCCAGUUCCAGCACCCAGCCGCCCUCUACCUCCCUCAGCAUCAUCCCACCAGACAGACAAGCAGUCCAGGUGAUCCAACAUGCCAUGAACAGACCUCAGAGCAUGGCGGCCCAGUACUUGCAUCAGAUGUACGCAGCCCAGCAGCAGCACUUCAUGCUGCAGACAGCAGCCCUGCAGCAGCACCAGCAUCCCGCACAUCUGCAGAGUCUGGCCGCCAUCCAGCAGGCUUCAGUCUGUCAGAGGUCACCUUCUUCUUCUACAGGCAGUUUGGUUCAGGCUGCGGGUGUUUCCCAAAACUCGAUAACUUUACCAGCAUCUCCAGUGACCGCAAGGCUGAUUGGUCGAACUCAGACAUCCACUGCCAGCGCAGCCACAAUAUCUCAGCAGGCCAUGCUUCUAGGAAACAGACCUGCCAGCUGUAACCAAGCUCAGAUGUACCUUCGAACUCAGAUGCUGAUUCUAACUCCUGCAGCCACAGUAGCUGCAAUUCAGUCAGACCUCCCCACUGUGACCUCCUGCUCCUCAUUACCUACCUCCUCUCAGAAUCUGGCUCUGCGUACCCAUUUGCCGGGAGCUCUGGCUACAGCCCACAGCGUCAUCUUAAAACCUUCCACCGAGUCCCAGGCCCUGCCUGCAGCUACCUCUUUGUCCAAGAAUCCAGUCUGUGGGCUGAAGAGCACCCAACUGACUGAUGGCUCAACAGAAACAGCGCCAUCUGAUGCCACCUCGUUGGUGUCAGGACCCCAGAUUAUAACCCCAGCCUACCCUCCAGUGCAAACCCACACUCUAGUCAAGCAGCAGCUGUCCUGUCCAGUAGGCCAGCAGGUGGCGCACCACCAGCUCAUCGUCCAGCAGGCCACAGGAGGGGCUCCCAGCAGCAGACAGUUGCAACCAAUUGCCCUCAGAGUAGCACCCCGAGAUACCCACUCCAAUCCUCUUCCUCUGUCGGUUAAAAGACUAACCGCCUCCAGCACCCACUCACAACUACGAAACGAGCCCCCAGCCCUGUCUUCUUCUUCCUCCCCAUUAGUCACCAGCAUGCUUGCAUCAUCACCUCAGACUUCAGUCCCAGCUGCUGCCGUUCAGCCUCAGCCACCUCCUCUGGUGGCUGCGCCACAGCGUCGGACCUCAUUCCCACAGAGCCAGCAGCCUCCACCUCCUCCUCCUCCUCUCAUUCUCCCCAGGCUGCCCCAGAACCCCCCGGCCUCCCUUCACAGGGUGUCCCUGCACUCAGUCCGGGCUUUGGCUGUCCAGUCAGGACAGGUACUGCUAACGGAGCGGGAACUGCCUGUGGCGGAGGCUCUGGUCCAGAUGCCCUACCAGAACCUGCCACCUCCUCAAACGGUGGCUGUUGAUCUGAAAGUGCAUCCAGUCAAACACAACGAAACUGCACCCUUGGGGCAAAAGUGCAACGUGAACAGUCUGAGCUCAGAGGAAAGGAAAGAUCCUCCAAGUUCAGAACAAGACGGGACCACUACACCACCCAAUCAAAAUGGUUCAGCAGUGACGGGUUCAUCCUCCAUCACCCCCAGCCACUGGAGGAGUCCUCCAGUGGAGGAGUCCUCCCAGCUCACGACCACUGACAAUAGCGGCAAUAGUGGCACCAACAACCCUCCUCCUCCACCACCUUCUCCUUUACCUCCUCCCCUCCUCCCUGCUUCAGCAAAAGUCCCCAGCCAGCCUCCUUCUGCCCCUGCAAGUCUCCCAGGAAGCCCCAAGAGGUCAACCCACGUCCUCACACACCUCGUGGAGGGCUUUGUCAUCAAAGAGGGCCUGGAGCCGUUCCCGGUGGGUCGGUCAUCACUGUUAUCGGAGCAGCAGGCUUCCCUUCCAGAACCCCAGGACGUACCGACCAAUGGGGAUGCAGCAGACGACAGUCCUCUGGAUGCUGACCAGUCAGAUUCAUCUGACUCUGAGAUGGAAAAUGACGGCCCUACAGGAGAAGUUGCAGAACUCGGGGAGAGUGUGCCAGACGUGUUGCAGUGUGAGUACUGUGGAAGCAGCGGCUACGCUCGCACGUUUCUGCGCUCCAAACGCUUCUGCUCCAUGUCGUGUGUCAGAAGGUUCAGUGUAAGCUGCACCAAGCGUAUCGCGGUGCUGCAUGCAGGUCGCAUGGCUCACAGGCCCUUGGGAAGGAGAGGACGACCCCCCAGCCGAGUCAACGGAGCCUCCAGAGAGCACUUUGUGAUGCAGGCCCACAGGUCAUUUGGCUCCAAAGAGACCCAACAGAGUUCACCGAGAGAGGAAGAUGAGCAUCACGAGGAGGAGGAGGAGGAGGAGGAGGAGGAAGAACCUCCCGUUCCCAUGACGACCAGGCUUCGAAAACAGGCUGAGAGAGCGCAAGAGAGGGUGAGGGAGCAGAGGACCGUAGAAACGAUCAUCGUUUCAGACGCAGAAGACGACGUCGGCUGUCCGUCUCAGUGGAACGUGGAGCAAGUGUUUUCCUACAUCAGCACCCUGCCAGGUGGUGCUGAUGUAGCCGAGGAGUUUCGCUCCCAGGAAAUAGAUGGGCAGGCUCUGCUGCUUCUCACAGAGGAUCACCUGGUCAGCACCAUGAACCUUAAACUGGGACCCGCACUGAAGCUUUGCGCGCACAUCAACUCCCUCAAAGAUGCAUAAACGCGUAACAUUCCUCCUCUUAGUGAAUGUAAAGAAAAGCAAGGAUCUGCUCACCUCUGCAGAGACAAUGAGGAAGUGCUGCUCAUCUUUAAACUGCCUAUUUUUAAACACUGUCACAAAAGAGAGCAGAGCUCGCUGAGUUGAACUGACUGCAGUUUUUUGUUUUUUUUUAAAGACCACUGCCAACUAUUUUUCCGGGUUUUAGCUUUCCAUUACCCAAGGACUCAAAGUCGACUUGCUCUCAGAUGAUUUUAGUUUUACCUCAGCUGCUCUGGCUCGUUUCUCCUGAUAGUUUCACGUUUACAAGUCUCAGCAGUGCAUAUUUAAGUUUCCCAUAAUCACUCAAAACCAGUUAAACUGCAAAAGGCUAUAUUUGCCAUCUUUUGUAUAUUGAAGGAUUAAAAUGCAACAUUUUAUUACAUUUAAAUACUUAAACCAAAAAGGUACCAUAUAAAAAUCCAACUCUUCGCAGCAAACCAGGCAACAGGGGAAGGACUAUUUAAACACACAGGGUAAUAAGGGAAGUGGAGACAGCUGGGGAUAUGAUACACAGGUGCAGAGAAACUAGGUAAUCACUGGGGAGGAGGUAAAACUCAAAGCAACACACAGGAGACCACAAUCUAUGAAAGUUUAUUUAUGCUACCAAAAACUUUUAUUUUUUUUGCUGUCAAUAAGUCAAAAUUUGGGAUAUUAUCUUAUUGAAAAUUAUUUUCUCAGAAGUUUGAGUUGAUAAGUUGAAAUUCUGACCUACAGGUGAUUUUAAAAAAAA